AUGGCUACUCGGCACAUACUGGCCACACGUGGAGCAUCCAUUCUCUGGCAGAGACCAGCGCCAUUGCCAGGUUCUUUCCUCUCUCGCCAUCUGAUCAGCUCAAUAAGCCAUUGGCUUCACUCCAACAACAGCUCCAAAGCCUAUAUUCCCCAUCACUUGGUUCGGCCUCAGCACAUUGAGCCAUUAGUCUUUCACCCACACUCCGCGACCUGGCAGCCUGUUACGGCUGUCAACCCUGGAUUGAGUCGUGGAAGCGUUCUAACGACAGCAUCUUGGAAUCUCAACUGGUCUGACCCGGAUCCUGCGGCUCGGAUGCUGGCUUCUCUGGCUCAUUUGGAAGAAAAACUCGGCGCUGAGCCCCAGAACCUCGCAGUCAUGCUGCAAGAAGUAUCUCCCGCCUCUCUAUGCGCUAUGCUUGGGCAUCCAUGGGUGCAGCGCAACUUCGUUCUGUCUAAUGACAAACCCCCGGAGGUCCCUCGGAGGGUUACACUCGACGCGUCGUCCGUUUUAAGGCAAUCCGCUCAGAGAGAGACGUCAUACUUCACAGUCAUGAUGGCAUCCAAGAAUCUACCGGUCACGGCCUGUUUCCGCGCAACUCUUGUCACGAAUAUGGGGAGAGAUGUUCUUGCUAUGGACAUCCAUACCUUGAGCCAAGAGGAAACAAGCAACCACCAAGAAUGCAUCCGUCUCUGCACGACACACCUCGAAUCACUCUUUCAAGGCAAGGAAUAUCGCCGAGGGCAGCUAGCUGUCAUUUCCGACCUCCUAAAGCAUCCCAUUCUACCCGGCUCCGGAAUCAUCGGGGGAGUAGUAGGAGGCGACAUGAAUGCAAUAGACAAGUCAGAACACGCCUACCACAAGGAAUCGCAGGUGGAUUUGGGAGAUAUAUGGGAGGAUAGCCAAAUGAUAGCCCAACAGCGCGGCAUUUGUCAACAUGAGGAGGGCGGAGGCACCUGGGGCGACAGGUCUUCUCGACAUCGAGGCCCGAAGCGCUUCGAUAAAUUCCUCUACACUGGCGCUAUCGAGUCCUUGGCGUUCGAGGACUCACCAGACUGCUUAGAAAGAGUCCGUCGUUUCGGAGCUGGGCUGAAGACUGCGGUUGAAUUGUGGGAACUUGAGAGAGAGGACACGGAAGUUGUGGGAGGACAAGCUGUGAAAAGGCUGCGCAAUGAAUAUGUCUCUGAAGAACGUUUCAACACUCUCAGUGAACUAGGAUUCUUGAGAAAUAUCAGGGCAAGGCAAAUAAGGAUGGAUGCCAGGGUGAGUGAUCACUGUGCCAUUUUGGCCAGGAUCAGGAUUGUCUGA